AUGUUGCCUUCCCUUCCUACUGAAACCUUUCGAGAAAUUUUUAAAUAUUUAGAUAUUUUCUCAUUAAAUAAUUGUGCUUUAGUUAAUAAAUUAUGGUGUAUUAACUCAGUUGGUUUGAUAUGGCAGGAUCCAUUUGAAUUUUUAUCAGAAGAAAGAGAAAUGAUUUCUCGAGGUCCCAAAAUUAUUAACACUUAUAUAUCUUGUUUAUCCCCAAAAUCACUUAAAAAUUUGAAUAUAAUACCUUCACCUUUUAAACCUUUCAAUAAAGCAUUUUUUGAUUACGCGUCAUUUCUUAGAAAUCUUGAUUAUUUAAUUCUAGUAUCAUCUGUGAAACAAUGGCUGAAAAUUUCAUUAAAAAAUUACAAAAAUUUAAAUCGAAAAGAAAUCGAAACAAUAGAAGUAAAGGUUAUAAUUGAAUUAUGUACCUCAUUUUUCCAACACUGUAGAUUACGUAAACUUGGUUUUCUUCCACAUGGACUCACAUAUAUCUUUGCAGAUAAUUAUUUGCGAGAUACUCCAUUUAUUCAAUUAUGCGAUCUACCUAAUGCCAAUAUUUGUUUAACUCCGAAUGAAAUUUUAUGUAGGAUAGCAGAAAUUUCUAAUAAACUUAAAGUUCUAGAUAUUCGAGAUGGAUUUGAGAGAAAUGAAGGAUUAAAAAAAUUAUUUGAAGCUCAAAAUAAUCUUCAAGAAUUUACAAUAACUACCACAGAAUCAUUAUCAUUAAUUUCGAAAUCUUUACAUAAAAAAGUUCAAAAUUUACGAACGAUCCACAUAUAUUGUCAUGAUCACAUUCCACUUAGUAUAUUUGGUGGUGUGACAAAUAUUCAAGAAUUAACUUUGUGUGACGAUUUGAGGUUUAGUCCCGUGAUGGAAGUAGAUCCAAUAACAACAAAACAAUUUAGUUCAAGUUUUACAAAUUUUACCAAAUUAAAAAUAUUGGAUUUAACACUAAAGGAUCGAAAUCUUUUACAAAUUUCAUCUCUAAUUCGCAAAACAAAUGGAAAUUUACAACAAAUUAGUUUACAUUUUGGAAUUCCCAUAGACCCACAAAAUUUCACCACAUUAAUUAAAACAAUAGCCGAAACAUGUCCAAAUUUGAAACAAUUAAUUCUACGAAUUCCAAAUGAUGUAAUUAAUAGGAUACCAUUUUUACUUGCAUCCUGUUCGGCUCUCAAAUGUGUAACUUUUAUUGGAGAAACUGAAGAAAUUAGUAAGAUUUUGAUAGAAAUAGGAAAGAAUAUACCAAUAGAUUUAAAAAGACUUUGUUUAAAUCAUGAAAAGUGGACUUAUAGCGAAAAUUCAUUGAAAAAAUUUCUUGAUAAUUGUGAAAAAAGAUUAAAAACUAAACCUUUAAUAUUCGUAAGAGGAAAAAAUAUGGGAAAAUCAGAAGUUUUAGAUUCAUAUAUUACUAAGGGAAUAGUUCGAGUUGUUUCGAUGUAA